GUUGGCGGUCUAACCAUGCACCCCCCUGGUCAUCUCCUGCUUCUUCUCGCCCUCCUCACCCUCCCUGAACGCUCCGGGGCAUUCUUCGGCUGGUUCUCCCGCAAGACCCCCGGGCGAUCCUCCGGCGCACAGAAGGAGCCGGCUCCGGACCCGCACAGCCUGCCCAACGCUCCCUUCGAGAUGAUCACCACCGAUGACAAGUUUCUGGCUGAAGCAAAGCAGCUGGAGAUGUCCCCGCUGGACAGCUGUCACUACAAGGUUGUCGGUCAGCUGAGAGCUUCCUGCACGGAGAUGUCAGAGGAAGAGAUCGCGAAGCUCGGUGUGGCGCUCUUCAACUGUCAGGCGGAGGUAGAAGACCGCAAGACUUACCCCUGUACGGAGGACAUGACAUUAGCCGAAUGUACGUCCUCCAUGGAUGCCGAUACCUGGAACGCCUACCAUAUCGUCAGCAAUCGGGCACGCUCUGUCUGCUAUGCCACCCGCCAGUUGCACUUCCGUCGCCGUACAGAGGUCACCGUGAACACGCUGGUGCACACGGCUAUGAGCCAGCUUGAGGCCAUGAAAAUCCUGAAGGAUGGCCAGGAAGAGCUGAAGGAACUGACCUCGGAGUCGCUACACAAGGUCCUGAGCAGCCAGAGUGAUAUCCUGAGCCAGCAGGAACAGCUGCAGACCAACCAAGAGAAGAUGGAGACCUCGAUCAGCGGCAAUCUGGAGCUGUUGGCGGAGGAGAAGUCUCUGAUCGCUAGCGGGCAUCACCUGGUGGCAGAAAUGAUAGAAGGGAUCACCAAGAAAAUGGAGAAUGUGAGCAGUCAUCUGAUGGAACAGGAUUCUGAGCUUCAUGAGGGACACAAAGCCAUCCUAGCUGACCUUUCUGAGGUCCGAAUGAGAUCCCAUGAUGUCUACUCCAAAAUCGAGUCGAACCUGGCCCUCUUCCUCUCCUAUCAGAACAAAAGUGCCGAAUACUACGAUGAGCUGAUGGAGAAACUUCAGCGUAUGAACCAGAGUCUGAGCACAGUGCUGUACGUCAUGGACCACAUGCACCGCAAUGUCGAGCACAGGCUGAGUUACAUUCAAGGCUUCAUCAGCUGGGCCGGAGGGAAUCUGAACGCCAUCUACACGUGUGUACUUCACGGGGCCUAUUUCCUGCUCCUGGCCUUCCUGAUGACCUUCAUGCAGACACCGGGCUUCUCCCGGGCUGUGCUACUCGUUCUCAUUGUGGUCAAUGCUCUGUCAGAGCUCAACCAGCAGAUGUCUCUGGACUUCCGGUCUCUCACUGUCCUGCUGGUGUGUACGAUGACCGGUCACUGGAUGUUGCUGAACUUUAUCUGCUGCCUUGUGAAGGUGAAGAAUCGGAAGUAUUGCCCUGCACUGCCUCCUGCUAGUCUUCCCGAGUCUGGGGCUUCCACAGAAAAGGAGAGGGUGUUCCUCAGCUCCACACCAGAAAAGACAUGCGAGGAGACACUGCUGGAGGAGCUGAAGAAGUUGGGGAAUGACGAUGGUUUUUUAGAUGAUUCGGUGCUGGGUAACGAGUGUUUGGUGAAAGAGGUGUCAAUCCUUGCAUCUCCGACACAAGCAGACUGGAAGGCCCUGCACGGCUUGAGGACUCCUAGCCAAUCUACUCCAGCCCUGAAGCUUCGCCGACUCAGCGUCACUAAAUCCAUCCGGGCCUAUGACAGCCCCUCCAAGGGGGUGGCACAGGACCGGAUACCCCAGAGACAUCUGGCUUCUGCAUUCGAUGCACUUUCAGAGUCUAACUACAGUCCCAACAGCUCAAUGUCCAGUAACCUUUCUGUUUCCUCGAUGUCUCCACGCCAGUUCUGCCAGGCCAUCACCAGAGCCGGCCAGCCAUGCCGGAACAAAGCCAGCCGAGAGCAGGAGUUUUGCCGGGUCCAUGCUUCAGGACAGACAUCCUACACGGCACAUUGAACCCGGCACUGGAUUUAUUGUACUUGCCUCU